UAAAUCAGCGACAUAAUUAGUGUUGAUAGAUAAAAUAAAAAUUUUGUGUCGUAAUGAAUAAAUAAAUAAAAAAAUGAAAACACAAACGUAAAAUAAUGUCAAUACCUAAAUGAAUGUUAAAAAAUAAAAUAAUAAUAAAGUAUAAUUAUAAUCUUUAAAGUAAAAAAAACUCCCCAGAUUGGCAUGCUCGUGAGAAAAGUAGGCAUGACGUACGCGAUUUCGUGUAGUUCCCAACCGUUCAUUAUUCAACAAUUAAUUUUAAAAUAUAUUUAAUAAUCUGACAUAUAAUUGGAUUUUAAUAAAUACCCAUUAUUGUUUUUUAAAUAAUAAAUAAAACAUUUGAUUUAUCAUCUGUUUGUAAAAGUUGCUGAUGAUAAAUCGAGUGAGUGAGUGUUGCGGUCAACCUGCCAUGAUAGAUCGGAACGCGUCCUCCUAGCGCUCCAAAAAAGCUAAGAUAUUAAACGACGAAAUGUGGGAGCUCCUCUUCGAGGAGCGGCACUUUACGUGAGUGUAAAGGUUGCAGAAUGGUGGUAGAUAGUUUGUCAGUUCAGGGGUCAGCUGCAGCGCGGAAGCAGGAGAGGAGAUUGGGAGGGUCGGUAGGCAACAAGAUGCAACCAAACGGAGUCAGCGGUGGGACUGGUGGCAUGACGCCUAAGGAACUCUGUGACAAUGACGACCUUGCAACCUCUCUCGUGCUGGACCCUUACUUGGGUUUCGUUACCCAUAAAAUGAACAUCAGGUACAGACCAUUGAAAGCUAACAAAGACGAGCUUCGGAAAGUGAUAACAGAUUUUAUCCAGACCCAGAAUUAUGAAAAAACAUACAAGAAAUUAAUGGGCAGUGAUUGGGGAGCCAGAUUACCGCAUGCUAAAUCAAAACAGCAGCAACUUAAUCUCCAGAAACAUGUUUACCGUUACCUGAGAAUCUUUGAUAAAGACUCUGGGUUCGCUAUCGAGCCGUGCUACAGGUACUCACUCGAGGGCCAGAAGGGUGCCAAGAUAUGCGCGACACGCAAGUGGCUAAAGCAUGACAAGAUACCUUGUCUCGUUGGCUGCAUUGCUGAGUUGAGCGAAAAAGAGGAGGCUGCACUGCUACAUCCGGGAAAAAAUGAUUUCUCAGUAAUGUUCAGUUGUCGUAAAAAUUGCGCUCAGCUGUGGCUCGGACCUGCUGCUUACAUAAACCACGAUUGCCGUGCCAAUUGUAAAUUUGUAGCCACUGGAAGAGACACUGCGUGCGUAAAAGUACUGCGUGACAUUGAAAUCGGUGAAGAAAUCACUUGCUUUUACGGCGAGGAUUUUUUCGGUGACGGCAAUUCUUAUUGCGAGUGUGAAACUUGCGAGAGACGCGGUACUGGCGCCUUUACCCGUCAGAAACCCGGUGACGAAUUAUCUACAGGAUACCGACUCAGAGAAACAGACAAUCGUAUAAAUCGUACGAAACAUCGUCAGCAACCUAUCGGAUCUUCAAAACACCAAGCGGACGGUGCGCUAACGGAAAAAAAUGCCGUGCUUGUUGGUAAUGCAGCUGUAGCGCCACAGUCUCUUAGUAUGAAAGAGUUACGUCGUAAAGGAUUAACUAAAUAUGACGCGGAGCUGCUUAUCGCCCAAGGCUGCCGUUUUUCAGAUAUAACACAACAACAACCGACUAUCCCUGAAGACACAACUAACACCCAGUCGUCACAAGCUCAGAGACCUCAUCCGUCCUCAAUAAUUGGUCCUGGAACGCGGACUUUGCGUAAUAAACAACAGUCCAUAAAAAAUGAGAGCAGUAAUAACAACAACAAUAAUAAUAAUAAUAACAACAAUGUAGCUGUUAACAAUGGACAGAGUUUGCGAGCGUCGAGGCUGCAAAAGAGAACGGCGACAAAGAGAAACCGUGCAAGUGUUGAUGAGCGUUCAAUUCAUCAUACUGGUGGUAAUAAAAAUACUGGCGAGUAUGAUGGUGCGAUUGAUUGUUUUGCUGAAGAGUCUAAAGAAAAUCCACCGGGUUCUGUUAAUAAUAAUUUGAAUAAUGACAAUACUAAGAUACGUACUUGCUCAGUCUUAACUAAAGCUUCAAAUAAUGAAACCGAUGAAUUUAAUGAAAACGCAGUACCUUCGAGUAAAAUUGAUAAUAAUUCUAGUGAGAAAACGUAUAAUAAUGUCCAAGAUCUUCCAGCUGCAAUAGCAGAGUCAAAUAAAACCAAUUUAAUUGAUUCUGGUGCUGCUGAACAAGAUAAAGAUUCAAAAUUAUUACGUACUAAUAAUUUAGAGCAGACAACUACUGCGUCAUCAACAACAGAACGUUGGCGCAACAAUCAUAGUUCAUUUACAGGCGUAACAAGACGACGCAAGUCGCUCCUCCAGUCGUCAACAGACUCCCGUGAUAUUGAGCACAGAAAAUCACCAGCUCACGGUGAAACUCCACGCAAAACAAAUUACAGUGAGGGUGAAGGUCAAACGGAGAGAUACCUUGAGAUAGAUGCUAAGACAGCGCCCGCGGAGAGUGAGUUUACCGAUCGGCAAUUCAAUUCCACUAUGCAUGUUUCCAAGAACUCGAAUUGUAGCUCUAGUUCUAGUUCUAGAGCUACGAAGGCUGCCGACGAAAUGAGUCGAGCAUGCGUAGAAGAGCACACGAGAUUCGGGGAUAAUAUUAUAGCAGCUGAUGAUAAACUUUCUAAAAAAGAAGCAAAAAAUGACGAUGUACGUGAAUUUGACUCUGGCUACAGCGAAGGAAGUCAAUCAAAUAAAUCCGAUGAAGAUUUUAAUAAAUGGAAAGAUGAAUCUGAGGGUAAAAAAUCUGAAGACGCCCGUAGUUUGACACUAAAGAGACCAUUCGUUGAGUCUUGUUCAUCUUCAUCUUCAUCCUCUUUUUCUUCUUCAGCUUCUUCGGCGUCUUCGGUAACUGCAGAAAAAGCUAGCCCGCGAUCGCGGAGGAAAAAUAAACGUGGCAGCAGAUCUGGAGGUGUAAAAACACGCAAAGCUAAAGACCCAGCAAACUUGACGGACAAGGAACAUAUUAAAAAAAUAAGGAGCGACAAAGUGACGAGGGCUAAUGGCAGAUUGACCAGAAGUUCACGAAGAGACUGUCUUAAAGAACAGACCUGUGAGCCCGCAGUAGUGGGUGCGGAUGACGACUCGGGUAUUCAAGGUGACAUCUAUGAAUUCAAUGAUAACGAAAAUAAUAUCGGUGACACUAUCGAUAUUAUUAGACGUAACAAAACGGCGGAAUCUCGUGGGAUUGAAAAUUCAAAUAUUAAAUUAAAUGAAUCAGUAAAGAGCAAUGAAUUUUGUGGUAAAAAUGAACCACCUGUUUUAAUGCGCGAAGAACCUUGGCCAGCUAAACAAUCAGCUUUAACAAAUGUCAUCGUCAAUGAUAAUAAUAUUAAUAAUAAUAAUAAUAACAAUAAUAAUACUAAUAAUAAUAAUCCAAGUGAACAUCAGAAUUCAGUGGAAUCUCAUUCAAAAGAAACGACAAAUCAUUCACGUAAACAAUCAGUACCUGAAUGUCAAUGGCAAAGCGAAACACUUUAUCGCGAGUGUCCAACGACACCAGAACGACCCGGUGGUAGAUUAAAAUUAACCUUGCGGAUGAAACGGUCACCGAUACUUGAUGAUCUAGUAGAGUCGGGUACCAGUCUCAGUGAGGACAGCUUUGAACCUGAGUACGAAGUCCUGAGAGUCGAGGGUGUCGAGGGAUCAGUUAAGCGUAAAAAGAAACACAAGACCCGUGAUCGCGAGAGGCGGCACAAGAGACGCGAGUUAAAUCUCGACCCACCACCACCUCCGCCAAUGAAGAGACUGCGACUGAUUUUUGGCAAUGAAACUCAUACUAUUGACCUAUAUAAAAUGUCUGAGAGUACAUCUGAGGAUGAUGAAAAAAUAGAAAUGUACAUUCCAGAUUUUAAUUUCUGUAGUCCAGAGCAUACAUUAGAUUUUAUUUUGUGCAAACCAAAAUUAUUACCAUUGAAGUCUGUGACACUUGAGAAACUUGAGAAAAUGCAGAAAGAUGCUGAUGAAAAAAUUAAAAAAAGUCAAAUCAUGAGUGUUGGACCUCUGGUAACGGAGAUAGUGCUGGCAUUUUGCCUUGCCACGACACUUUUAUACCGAUAUGGAAAUAUAUUUAGAAAUCAUAUUGUUGUUACCGUAUCUGUACUUAUUGCUUGGUACUUUUCAUUACUAAUUAUAUUUGUUUUACCAUUAGAUGUAUCAUCUACUGUAUAUAGGCAGUGCAUAGAACACAAUAACCAUUACAAUUUAUCAGUUACUACAGACAACAGUAGUAAUAAUAAUGUAACAACAAAAUGUGAGAAGCCAUGGUCCAGUGUACCAGACAGUGUGUUUCCAAAUUUAUGGCGGAUUGUAUAUUGGACGUCACAAUGCUUGACGUGGUUGAUAUUACCAUUGAUGCAGUCAUACAUAAAAGCUGGUGAUUUCACAGUAAAAGGAAAAUUAAAAUCUGCUUUAAUAGACAAUGCUAUUUAUUAUGGAAGUUAUUUGUUUAUUUGUGGUAUAUUAUUGAUAUAUAUUGCGUUGAAACCUGGUUUAGAUCUUGAUGGUCAAAAGUUAAAAGCCAUCGCGUCGUCGGCUUCCAAUACUUGGGGACUUUUUUUAUUAAUAAUGCUACUGGGUUACGCAUUAGUUGAAGUACCACGUGGAUUAUGGAAUGCUAGUAAACCUGGUUUUACUUUACAGUACAGUUACUUUAAAGCUUCGAAAUUAAAUUUAGAAAAAUGCGAGGCUGAAGAAACUGUCGAUGAUAUUUUAGAGUCGUUGCAAGCAGCGUCAAUGGCAAUAAGCAGCACGCAUCCGUUUCAUCGUAAUUUAGAAACAAUAUUUCAAAAAGUUCCCGCUGAAUUAAAAGAUCGCAUGAACAGAAGACAACAUGCUGAAGAUGCGCAUACUAGUGCGCCUUCUGAAAAAUCUUUGAUUCGAUUGCAUAGACAAACAAUUAAAGCUCUACAGACACUCCAAAGAACGGAAACUCAAUGGGGAAUUUUGGUUGAGACAAUUUUCCAUCUUGAAGAUAUUGCGAAAAAUCAAACGAAUCAUGACAGAAGAUUUAAAUCAUCAUUUCCGGUUUCUCGCCCACUUUUCAUUCGUCUUAUUUAUAAUCCAACACUAGAAUGGUAUUGGAAUUGUAUAAUCAAAAGUCAUGUACAAAAAGUACUAGCAAUAGCUGCCGGUUGUUUAUCAGUAGCAGUUGUUUGGUCUGAAGUAACUUUCUUCAAUAAAUCACCAGUGCUGUCACUAUUUGCUCAAUUUUUAAAUUUAGCUUCUGCAAAAUACGACUACUUAACAAUCGAGAUUUUAUCAACGAUGAUUAUUGCAUAUCUCUGUUACUGUGCAUACUCUACAGUACUUAAAAUACGUCUGCUUAAUCUCUACUACCUGGCGCCUCAUCACCAGACCAAUGAGUACAGUUUAAUAUUCAGCGGCAUGAUGCUGUGUCGCUUGACACCACCAAUGUGUCUAAAUUUUCUGGGAUUAAUUCAUAUGGACUCGCACAUAAUUAAAACGCACAUAUUAGAGACCCAUUACACCCAAGUCAUGGGGCACAUGGACGUCAUAUCAAUAAUAUCUGACGGUUUCAAUGUCUACUUUCCAAUGGCUAUCUUGGGAUUUUGUCUAGCGACUUACUUUAGUCUUGGCAGUAGACUAUUAUCUGUACUUGGGUUCCAACAAUUUCUUGGUGAUGAUGAAGUUACUACUGAUCUUGUUGAUGAAGGGAGAGAAUUAAUACAACGAGAGAGACGCAGAAGACAACGCAUUCAAGAAUCAAUACUUCGCCGUCGUGAAUUUCAAGAACGAACAAAUAAUCCAACACGUAAUCGUAAUUCACGACAAAGUGUCGAUACCGUACGAUCUGUUAAACGUGACGAAUCUACUGAAUCAGUAAGAGCAGGUCUAUUGCGUGAUUUCGAUACCUCUGAUUACUAUGUCGGCACGACAUUUAAUUCAUCACCAAACACAUAUGGAGUGUACGAACGUAACGGUUAUCAGUCCAGCGAUUUUUAUGAUAUAAAUAAUGAUGAGAAUAAUGCGGGAACCUAUUCGUCAUCAUCAGUAAACACUAAUAAUAAUAACAAUAAUAAUAGUAGUAAUUACAGUAGAGCACCACCACGAAGAAUAUUUGAUGAUGUGUGAGUUUAGAUACCAGCACCAAGCAUUUUUUUUUAUUUUUAAAAUAUAAACAUAAAUAUAGAUAGGAAAUUAAUACACUGUAAAAAAUUAACGGAGUAAAUACGGAGUAAAUGCGAAGGGGCUGACUUUUUUUUAAUCUCCUCGAAGUAAAAUUCAGUAUAAAGGAAAAUUUAAUUUAAUCUAAUAUUGAAAAUCCGGUUUAGAGUGAAUGCAGAUUGAAAUAAAAUCUAGAUGACUCUGCUAAAAAAAAAUUCCUUAUUUACUCCGUAUAUGAAGUGAUUUUUUUUUAAACUCCAGAACUUCAAGUGACUCUGAAUUCAAUAGAAAAUUUUUACAGUGAUAUUGAUAUAAAUAUGUAAUUAAAAAAUAACUAUACUAAAUGAUAAUGAGCCUUAUUCAAAUACUUUAAUUAUUAAAGAGUAAUAUAUAAAUAUUUAUUGAUAACAUGUUUAAGUAAUUAAUAUACAAGGUAAUUUAUAAAAUUUAAUUUUAGCUGAUAAUCCAUUUUUUUAGUAACAAGUUAAAAGUAGUUUUUAAUUACCUUGAUGCUUGAUUGCUUGCUUUUUUGUUAUCAAGCAUGUGCAAUAUCUGGUCAAAAUUAUUUUGUUAUUUAAUUUAUUUAUUAAUUAAUUGGAAAUUAAUUAAUUAUCUAAGGACUACUGACACUUUU